UUGAGAACUUAUUGCAGAACAUCAGAGAGUUUACCGAUUUCGACAUGAUGCUGGCCGCAUUCACCUUCCAAGUAGCACAGUCUUCGCAAUGAUUUCGAGUACCGGGUUCUCUAUCUCCUGGAUCCUGCGCUCCGGGUCCGCUACCUGGAGAAACAACUUCCAGGACAAACGCACCGUGGUUCUUGCGCUCGAAGUCCACUACCUGGUGAAACUCGACUUCCAGGACACGCGCUCCGUGGUUCCUGUGCUUCAGGUACGCAGCCUGGUAAAACUCGGCUUCCAGGACGAGUGCUCCAUGGUUCUUGCACUCCAGGUCCACUACCUGGUGAAACUGGACUUCCAGGACACGCACUCCGUGGUUCUUGCGCUCCAGGUCCACUACCUGGUGAAACUCGACUACAGGGCAAGCGCUCCGUGGUUCCUGCGCUCCAGGUCGACCAGCCGGCAAAACUCGACUUCAGGUAGAGGACAAGGAGAAGGAGGACAACGAGAAGGGAGACGAGGAGAACAAGGCAGACGGAGAGGAUGA